AUGACCACUGUAUGGCACGAGCCUUACGGCUUCAAGUGGUUCCGGCAAACCAUGCGGUACGAUUUGAUCAGAUCGCUGAAAGCAUUUUGCCCGCCUACCACCUUACGCACUUUGGUGUUGCAGAUCGGCAGUCCUUCCGUUGACAUCGCCGAGGAUCCGCCUCUUCCCGCUACUGAGGAUGGCGGAACCACGGAUGCACUUGGGUCCGCUUUCCACCACGCUGUUGCUUGCAUUGGCAACCUUGAACACUUGGUGUUCCACGGGGAGGUGGAUGAUUCCUUCUUUUGGCCGUACUCAACGGAUAAGCCAGAGCCUUUCUGGCAAUCCCUGAAAACCUUGACAAUCACAAUGGACCUCACCUUACCAUCGGGGGAUCUCUACUUCAGAGAUGAGUUCUACGACCGAUGUGUGAGGGCGUCCAAGAACCCCUGGGUCACCUCCAAGUGGCCUGAGGAAACGGGGUCUCUUCCACCAGGUUACGGUGACAAACCUGCAUCCAAACAGAGUGUGGAACGGUUGAGUGAGAUGGAAGGAAGGCAGAGAGAAAUUCAGGUCUACGCCAUUCCCGAUGGUUAUAACGAUCAGCUGGACUCGGACGAUGAGGACGCCGUCGCCCCGAAAGUCCACAAGCUGUCAAUGGUGAACAGACCAGCCAUGACUACGCUUCUGGAAGCGAUUAUCAAGUCUGUGGCACAGAUGAAAUCACUUGAGCAUCUGCGGCUUGGUGGAGUGAGACGAGAUUUCUGGGCCAUGGAAUUCAACGCACCAGGGAUUCGCAGUGAUCUGGACCGAUUUGUCGACACUCAGGAGCACGACAACCCACUGGCGUACGCGCGGGUGUACAUGCGUCGUGUGAUCUGGACACCUGAUGACACGACCCUGGACAAGUUCCGCGAGAUGGCGGUGCAAAAAUACGGCCGCGAAGCAAUCAUCACAUUCAUUGAUCAGAAACACUUGUUUCCUUAA